UGGUUCUGAAGGGGAAGAAAAAUGAGGAGCUGGAUCCCUUUGGGAAGGACUUGACUUGAUCUUUGCUCCUAUAGCCCAGCAACACGGUCUUCCAAUCGGCUUUACAGCGUGGCAGCGGGAGAGCUUCCCUGCGGACCUUUCUCUUGUCUCUCGCUUGGACUUGUCCUCCACCGACAUUGUUGCAGCAGGACCACUAGGUGUUAAUGACUUAAUGCAUUUGGGGACACAAUACUGAAAAAGAACAGAAAAGAAGUACUUGACUGGCAUCAUGUUCCGCAAAAAGAAGAAGAAACGCCCUGAGAUCUCAGCUCCACAGAACUUUGAGCACCGUGUCCACACUUCUUUUGACCCCAAGGAAGGCAAAUUUGUGGGCCUUCCACCUCAAUGGCAGAAUAUUCUGGAUACUCUAAGGCGGCCAAAGCCGGUGGUCGACCCGUCGAGGAUCACCCGGUUGCAACUCCAGCCUAUGAAGACAGUGGUGAGRGGCAGCACCGUGGAGGUGGAAGGCUACAUCUCUGGCCUUCUGAGCGACAUCCAGAAGCUCUCUGCCAUCAGCUCCAACACGCUGCGGGGAAGGAGCCCCACGAGCAGGAGGAGGGCUCAGUCCCUUGGGCUCCUGGGCGAGGACAGGCCCCCGGACAUGUAUCUCCAGAGCCCAGAAGGAGACUGGGCAGACAGAUAUGGAAACUACCUCAACUGCAACGGCGGAGCCAAGGUAACCCGAAGGCAGACCAUGUGGCCGGAUUACAAGCCCAGGUUGGAUGGCCAGUCCCAUGCCAACGGCAUGGUGGCCAAAGCACAGUCACUUGGGCCCUCGGAGUUCCAAGGUGCUGCUGGUAACUACAUGCAUCGGGCCGCCGCUUCGCAGCAGGCCCCAGCACUGCCUGGGGAGGAGAGUGAUACCCCUGGCAAAAAGAGCUCGGAAGCCCGGCCUCAACCGUGCCCCGGGGCACAGGCAGCCUCCAGGGCCGUGGGAGAGGGCAGUCCCAGCUCUAAAUCCCGGGAAAACAGCUUGAAGAGAAGGCUGCUUCGAAGUGUCUUCUCCUCGUCGGGCGGCUCAAACAGAUCGGGCCCUUCCCUGCAGAUAAAGGCACUGGCCCCCUUCAGGCCCCAGCAGUGGGGCUCCCCGCGCAGCCUCACAGCCAAGGCACAGUCGCUCCCACCCRAUCCGCCCGCCGCUGAUUUCCCCAGGAUUGUCUCGGAGGCCGGGACCCCUCAGAAAUSCCCAGCAACGGAGCAGGUGGUCGCRCUGCCCCAGGGCAGGCCAUCGCCUGCGGGGUCUCCUCGAACCCGGCCCACUCAGACGAGUUCCAGCAACCUCCACCUUCCACAGGACUCGGCCGUGAAAGGGCCCUCAGCUGGCGAGGACCCCGUUGUUGUGACUCACGAGCAGUUCAAGGCUGCCCUGAGAAUGGUAGUGGACCAAGGGGACCCGCGGACAUUGCUGGAGAACUAUGUGAAAAUCGGUGAGGGCUCCACCGGAAUUGUCUGCAUCGCCCGAGAGAAGCACUCGGGGCGACAGGUGGCGGUGAAAAUGAUGGAUCUCAGGAAGCAGCAGCGCCGGGAGCUCCUUUUUAAUGAGGUGGUGAUAAUGAGGGACUACCAACAUGUCAACGUGGUGGAGAUGUACAAGAGCUACCUAGUGGGAGAGGAGCUCUGGGUGCUCAUGGAAUUCCUGCCGGGGGGAGCCCUUACAGACAUUGUGUCGCAGAUCAGGCUGAAUGAGGAGCAAAUUGCAACAGUGUGCGAAUCAGUGCUACAGGCUCUGGCGUAUCUGCACUCACAGGGUGUCAUCCACCGGGACAUUAAGAGUGACUCCAUUCUCUUGACACUGGAUGGCAGGGUGAAACUCUCUGAUUUUGGGUUCUGUGCUCAGAUCAGUAAAGAUGUGCCAAAAAGAAAGUCCCUGGUAGGAACUCCCUACUGGAUGGCUCCAGAAGUUAUUGCAAGGAUCCCAUACACAACUGAGGUGGAUAUCUGGUCUCUGGGGAUCAUGGUGAUAGAGAUGGUAGACGGGGAGCCCCCCUACUUUAGUGAUUCUCCGGUCCAAGCGAUGAAGAGGCUCCGGGACAGUCCACCUCCCAGGCUGAAGAACUUCCACAGGACUUCCCCAGUGCUGAGAGACUUCUUGGAAAGGAUGUUGACGCGGGAUCCACUGGAAAGAGCAACGGCACAAGAACUCCUGGAUCAUCCCUUUCUGCUCCAGACGGGACUUCCUGAGUGCCUGGUCCCCCUUAUCCAGCAGUACCGCAAGCGAACCUCUACCUGCUGACUUUGCACGAGGGGCAAGCAAGUAAAUCUCACCAUAUCAAACCCAGAGACCGGGCUCUCGGGUCUCCUGUGAAUGGUGCUUGGGACUCAUAAGCGAUCCUUUUAGAAGAUGAAUGUGAACGUUCUCCUUGCAGCCCCAGCCUUUUGUGGCUUCUCUUUUGCUGAAGACAAUCAAUAAGUGCUUGAUCCCAGGAGGACCAAGUCUAUCUGUAGAAUGAAGCGGGCGUUUCACCACUUCUGAAUUUCUUCUUCUGGAAGAAGGGCUCUUCUAAGCAGAGUCUGAUGCAUCUAAAUGUCUGCACGCUCCUGCAAACCUCACCUGCUGGCUACUGAGCUGGACCUGUAUUUCCCCAUGAGAAAUGUGAUUUUUUUUUGUUGUUGUUGUUUUAUUAGUCGUACACUGGAGUCUUGAGUUGGCUCAAAGGUAUGUUUUGGGGCACAGGUCCUGUUAAAAUGCACAAAGACUUCAUUUUUUUUUCCUUCAUGACUUUUUUCACAGAUGAUUUUAUCUUCCUGCUAAAUGUGGACCUAGAAAACUUGGAUGUAUGUUCCUGGGAAGCAGAUGUGAUGUGUAUAUAGUGUUUUUGGAUGUCUCUCCUGCAUCCACCUGCUUCUCUUCUGCUGAGGAAUGUGUGUGGUUUAGUGGCAAGACUAACACUAACAUGUGGUCAAUCUUCAAUCCAUUUCAUGAGCUUAAGCUUCUGGAGGGGAAACCCUUGGAUUCAGGCCUCAAAGGGGACUCCAUGAAGACUGUCACUCCCACCCAGCAGAGUCAUUGCUGCAAAUUCACCAYGUGCAAAACCUCCAGGGGUAGCUGUAGCGGGGAGAUAUUUUGCUCGACAAGGACAAUCUUUGACAGCUCAUCCCUGUAUUUUGGUUUCUAAAACAAAGCUCUUUCCAAACCUCCUUCUAAGCCCUGGCUCCUGGGAGAGGCUGCUCAGAGGCAGUUGUGUUGGGGAGCACUUUGGAGAUGCUCUAGGAGAGCGAAUGAAAAAUUUCCAGCUGUCACCUGUGUCCCAAGAGAGAGAUGUUUGUUUGCAUGGUGCAACUGUUGGGUUACCCUCCACCUCUGCUGUUUGCCUCCACAAACACAGGGAGAAGGGAACUUUUGAUGUCUGUUUUGUUAUCGGUAUGGCCUUCUUCCCCACCCCUAUCCCUCCGAUGACAUUCAGAGGCGACKUGUUGUCUAAGCAGCUCUUGCAAUUCUUUUUAAAUGGCUUUAGAUAUUUUGUAUGAUAACUUUUUGAUCAGUGAGGUCGUCAAGGUCGUGAGACUCUAGGUCAGGCUGUGACGUUGUACAGUAACAGUGUGUAUUGUUGUGAAGCUCUCAAGGAUGUUGUCUUACAUGUGAAACUGGGAUCCCAUUUUGAAACUGCAAAGCAAAUUUAUCGGAAUUUACCUUAUUCUCGGGAGAGACCUCCUGGCUCCGAGAAACUAACCUCGUAACUUCAUUUUCUUCAGAAGAUGUUAAAAAGCUCUCUCCUCUGCUCUUCACUCCAGUUGUAGAUCCUGCUUCAAAAUUGAAGCCGUGGUUAAUUACUUGAAGUAAUUUGGGAUGGAAUUCACCAGCACUGAUACCGGGCGCAUAGGCGGUGGCCAUCAAGUCUGCUAGGCCUACAGGUUGCCUCUGUAGACCAUGGU